GUAUUAAUGCACUGAUUUCUUUGUGUACCUUUAACAUUCCUUUCAUACAGAUAACUCUUUGUAUACUGACUUUAUACUUUUAAACUUUUUGGAUUUAACAGGUGUUUUGUGUGAUCUGAUAAUUGACAGUGGUUCAAUUUAAAGUAAUUUUGUGAAACGAUCAAUUUUACGUUAUACGUCAUUAAACAGGGUUAAUUUUGUUUGAUGUGAUAUAUCCUGUUUGAAAUGUAAGGGUUUCGGAUAAACAUACAUCCCAGGCAAUUAACUUGUUUUGUGCAAAACCUUACCGAAAUGUUGACCAAAAAACACAAGUGAUUGUUGAAGAGCUUAAUGCUCAGAGUGUUUUAUAAAUUUAAAGUUUAUAGGCGUGGUGCAAUUUGAUUUAAGAUAAAAUGAAGGGUGAUAUAUUUGUGAAAAACUUAGCAGUAGUGGUCUAUGUGAUUUUUGAGAUAUUCAGUGCUGUCAAAUGUUCCGAGUUUUUCGCGGACAACGGUAUCGGACAUCAGCAGACGAUCGUCAUAGACCACCACAACAAACGGAAACAGGCCGAAGUCCAGGCCGAAAUUCUGCAGUUGUUGGGCUUGCACCAGAGACCCCACGUGAAGAAACAUGGUUAUGGCUACUCAGCGCCGAAGUUCAUGAUAAAUUUAUACAAUUCAUUACAAACUGAGGACGGUGAAGGCAUUACAGACGAAGUUGAAUUCCACAGUAAAGUGAAUCUCACGUUAGGGAAAGCCAUCGAACAUAUUAACGGAACUGACGUCAUAAGAAGCUUCAUAAACCACGCUGAUAAAAUACCACAUUUGAGACACGACAAGGAUGCGACAUUUUACUUUGACACGAGCGAUGUCUCAACAGCAGAACUGGUCAUGGGGGCUGAGUUCCGGCUUUACAAGGAGAGCAAAAAGUCAAGAGAUUCCAGCAUAUUGAUAGAAAUAUUCCGAAUAAUGCAAGGCCAGGAUCCAGAAGAUAAAACUCUCGAACCGGAAGCGAACGUGACGGUACCCUGGGACCGUGAGGGCUGGAUCAACUUUAACGUGACUAGGGCAGUAUACCUAUGGACUUAUCUUCCAUAUAUGAACCUUGGUCUUUAUAUGAAAGUCACCGUGAUAGGAAAAGAUACUCGUUUGAUAGACCCUGGAAAAGUUGGUAUUGUUGGACAUCGGGGGCCGGACGACAAGCAAGCUUUUCUCGUGGGAUUUUUCAAAAUGGCGCGGGGUGAUAUCAACGUACGCCAUCGUAGAUCAGCUGACCAAUCAGAAAACAGUACUCCGAACGAGGCAGAAAAUUACUACUACUGGGGAGGAGGAGGAGAUAGUUACUCGAUGGACUACCGACGGAGCGCUUGUCAAAGACAUACACUGUACGUCAGCUUUAAAAGCUUAGGCUGGCAGGACUGGAUUAUCGCCCCUGAAGGUUAUCCUGCGUUUUACUGCGGUGGAGAAUGCACUUUCCCGCUAGGGGCGCACAUGAACGCUACAAACCACGCCAUCGUACAAACGCUUGUUCAUCUAACUAAACCGUAUGCAGUUCCAAAACCAUGCUGUGCACCGACUAAGCUGUCCGCCAUUCAAGUUUUGUACUUCGAUGAAAAAUCUAAUGUUGUUUUAAAAAGAUACAAAAAUAUGAAAGUUAAGGCGUGCGGAUGCCAUUAGUUAUACACACAUUUGCGGCUUGUGUAAGACAGAAAAUUUCUUCUAUCGAAUGUUGUUUUGUAAUGAUUAAUACACUGUCUUGAAAGUGUACAAUGAGUCUGUGUUAACAAGAACACAUUUGAGGAAUUGAACAGAACAGAACUGAUUAUUUAUAUUAAUUUGGAUUUAACUUGCGUUUAUAUUCACUUCAACAACGAACUUAAUAUUAUACUUAACAAAACAGUUAACCCGUCAUUUGCAUUUUGCAAAUUUAAACAACGUUUUUGAAAAGUUGCAUGUUUUGUCCACAUGUCAUAGCAUAUACAGAUUUCAAAAAGAUUGAAAUGCGCAUAGGCAUAAUUUUAUUCAUUUUGCUACAGCUACCUUUUUUUUCAAAAUAACAAAAAUACACAUAGUGUGUUUCAAGAAAACGGGUGAAUACCAUUUAUAAGAAUACAGAUGUUUAGAAUUUUUUUACCCAAAUAUGGUUAAAUGUCCUACAGAUGUCAAAUAUAGUUUUUCGAAAGAGUACGACAACGACGUAAAUGUCCCUAGCUUGUAAAUUCUAGAUAUUUUAGAGUACUUUUGUGACUUUUAAAAAUCUGAGCUGAAGUCGUCAAAUGUCAUUGUUUUUUGUUGUUUUUUAAGUUUUAAAUGUUAUCACCAACAUAUUGUUCUCAGUGUACCCUAAAGUUCAAGAAAGUACGUUCAGCUUCUUUUUUAAUAUUAUGGUAAAAUAGCAAAUGGUGGGUUAGUUUUUUUCUUAAGCAUUUUUUUAGUCUUUCUAAUACUAUGUGCGAAGUGUAAGCCUUAUCAAAAUCAAGACCUAAUUUAUUUUCAUUUUGACUGAUUAUUUUAUUACAAACAUUUUGGUUCGUGAACUGUUUUCAGUUUAGGCUCUGUAUAAAUAUUUCUUUUUGUUUUUGCGUUUUUGUGAUAAAACACGAGAAAUGUAAAUACGUUAUGCAAAGUGUCUCAAGUUAAUUGGUGAAAAUAUCAUCAUACAUGUGUACAGAAGUUUGUUAUAUAUUGUUUUGUUUUAAGAUAGAUCAUGGCGACUGGAUGCAGCAAUAUUUAUUAGCACAAAAUGCAUAUGCAAACCAAAUAAGCCGCACUAUGAGAAAACCAACAUAGUGCAUCUGCGACCAGCAUGGAUCCAGACCAGCCUGUGCAUCCGCGCAGUCUGGUCAGGGUCCAUACUGUUCGCUUUCAAACCCUAUAGCAAUUAGAGAAACCGUUAGCGAACAGCAUGGAUCCUGACCAGACUGUGCGAAUGCGCAGGCUGGUCUGGAUCCAUGCUGGUCGCAAAUGCACUAUGUUGGUUUUCUCAUGGUGCGGCUCAAAUUAUAUUUAAUGUAUUUUCAGCAUCUGUUUCUUUUCUGUUUUCCGGAAAUUUUUAUGUAGAAAAUGAAUUUUUUUUUGUUUACUGCGCAGUAUCUAAAAAUUCCAUGUAAAAGCCACACUUUUAGUUUCAUACAGUCAGGAAUUAACAUGCUCUAUGUAUGAACUACUUGUUAAUGAAGCACAUGUCUCAUUUUGUUGUGUUUUGCUUGACACAUGAACUAUAUAUUACAAUGUAAAUGUAUAUGAAAGAACCGAUUUGAGUUUAUUUCUAUUCUUUGUCAAAAGCAGAAAUAUAUAUGAAAUAUAUGAAAUUCUUUUACACAUUAAAAACUUACAAUAUUAAAGUAAAAAUCAUUUUAUCACCUUCAAACAUUUAGGUUUGUGCCAUAAAAUAAUAUACCUCAUCCAUUAAAUUUCGUCAUGGCAUUAUUUUGUCAAGUUUUCAUCUUUUUUUAGGCAAUUUUGAUACAUCGAGCUUUGUGCAAGUCAUUGGACAAUUUUAAUGGUUUAUUUGUAUACAACAUUAUUUAUGAACUUGUUUUUUCAUUUCACAUAGUUUGUAUCAUAACAUAUCACAUUUUCAAUGCUGUUGUCGCCUUUCUAUAAAAUCAUUUUUAUUAAUUGACUUACUUUGAAACUUUAUUAUUUACACUAUUCCUGGAUCUGUCUUUCUGUGUUUACAUCGUGCUAUGACUUUAUUUCUGUAAAUAAACGUUGAAUGUUCAAUAAA